GCGUUGCCAGGAAUUGAAGCGUUGCCUUCGUUUGCUCUGUGAAGAAUUGGGAAAAAGUUUGAGCAGUGAUAUCGCGUAUGCUGACUGAUAUACUUGUGAAUAAACUGACGUUUAGUGGCAGAAGUUGUGAACCGUAAAGCCUAGGAUUUGUUGGUUUCAUACCGACUGCCACACCAUCCAGUCGAUAUGUUGACCUAUCAAUUACGAAACCGGUCAUAUGGGUCAUUUGCAUAUAUGUUGUUAACCGUGGUUAUGGCAACCUCGAUCAGCCAAUCAGGAACCACUACGCAUCACGCAAUGAGGUCACUGCCAUCAACUGUAAACCAACAUGACAUAUCUGCACUUGGUGUUGAUCAAACAACAGGAGCGGGUGAAAGGUCUCUUGCUAAAUCGGAAAGGCAGAAAACCCUGGACAGACUGCUUGUUAACUAUGACCCAAGGAUACCACCCAAUUAUGAAGAAGAUUUUCCAGUUCAAGUCCAAGUGCAGCUUCAUAUCACCAGCAUUGACAGCAUCAGUGAAUCCAACAUGGACUUCUCAAUCGGUAUGUUUUUGGAUCAGACAUGGAACGACUCCCGACUUGAAUUCGAAAAGCUCCCCAACCUGUUAGCCCUCGAGCUGGACUCUCGAAUGAUGGACAAGAUCUGGGUACCAGACUUGUUCAUUUCCAAUGAGAAGAGGGCGGUCGUUCACGCAGUUACGGUACCAAAUAAACUGAUGCACAUCUACCCAGAGGGACGGGUUCAGUAUAGCAUACGAAUCACCGCCACCCUUAAAUGCAACAUGGACCUUAGGAAAUUUCCUCUAGAUAGCCAGACGUGUAAUGUAAUCAUGGAAAGUUACGGUUACAGUACAGACAAUCUCGUGUUUCUAUGGAACCCUGUACCUGUGAUUCGAGACGAGAACCUCGUCAUCGCACAGUUCGACCUUGGAGCCAUGGACACGCUCACGUGUGACAAAAUAUACGUUGGAGUGAACUAUACCUGCAUCAAGCUACAAUUUGCUCUGGUUCGGCACUCCGGUUAUUACCUCAUUCAAGUGUACGUUCCCAGCAUUAUGAUCGUGAUUCUGUCUUGGGUGUCAUUCUGGCUCGACAUAGAGGCCGUACCCGCCCGUAUCUCCCUUGGACUACUCACCGUGCUCACCAUGACCACCCAGAGUGGUGGCGCCAGAGCGGACCUUCCCAAAGUGUCUUAUAUCAAAGGUAUCGAUGUCUGGAUGGCAACGUGUCUUAUCUUUGUGUUCGCGGCGCUUAUCGAGUUCGCGUGCGUUAACGUGAAAUCUCGCGUGGAGAGAAGGAGGCGCGAGAGUUCCAAGGGAGCGAUGACAAGUGCUCAGGCUGGCGAUAAGGACAACACCGAAGAUAUGAAACUGUUACAACAAAGACGCACUUUCAAAGACCAGCUGCGUAUGUUCAAAACUAAUCGCGCAUUGGCCCGCACAAUUGACCGCGUGUCACGAAUAGCUUUCCCAGGGGCGUUCGUCGUAUUUAACCUCGUAUACUGGUGCGUCUACGUCUUCUGGUCUCCGGACCCUUCUGACGUUGCCUGAAGAUGUACAAGACACUGGCAAUGAUUUCAUUCUGUGUAACUGGAUACAGUGGCUCAACUUCAACUGCCUGGAUUGACAACUUGAACUGUAUGACUUGACGUUUGAUAUUGAAUACCGGUAAUUCGCACAAUCUGCACAAACGGAACACGAUGAAGAUUUGUGGUAAGUGUUGCCUCUAUUGAGUUUUCAGAGGCAUGGCACCCAGUCAUGAAUUGUCUUUGAAAUUGUUUACAACUGCACAUUAAGGUUUCAUUGGCCAUCGUGCAAUUGAAGACUUUGGAUUUUUCCUCCAGAAAAAUCGAAGGUGCAAAUCGACAAAUAUAUAAGGUCUACAUGACCAAAAUGGAUCGUGCAAUACAUUUCAACUUAUACACAUAGGUUAUAAAUAGUUCCGUUUCUUUUCUUUUGUUAAUACUUAUCAAUAAAUGAUUUCGCAAUUUUACUCUCCGCUUAUGGGUAGAUAUGAAGACGCCGGAUACUGAUAUGUCAGCGGAAAAUCACUCCAGAGUGGCUACAUAUGCGCAACUGCUUAAAUAUAAUUGAGCUAUAAUAAAUCGACAUCAACUUAACUAAUGUGAGACAUUAUGGUUAGCAUAUGAAUACAUAUCGUGUCGAUUAGCGAAAAAUAAUCAGGUUAAAUUGUAGUAAAAUAAUGAUACAACAAUCCGUCUUAUAAUUGUACUAAGUUUUAUUCAAUGCAUUUCGCUUUUUAAUUUUUUAAGAUUUUUACUAGCUGUGUAAAGGCAUUCACAUGUUUACUUUGAAUAUUGCAAAAUUACAUUUAAAAUAUAUACAACUUGUACACAGCAAAAUGUAUUUGUAAAAUUACUCACUGUCAUGUCUGUUAUGUAAGUUAAUGCUCAUUCAUGUGUUGUUUAGUAAACUAAACUUUUACUAGCUUUGUAAAGUCAUUCACGUGUUUACUUUGAAUAUUGUAAAAAAUACAUUAAAUUGAUAUAACUUGUACACAGCAAAAUGUAUUUGUAAAAUUACUCACUGUCAUGUCUGUUAUGUAAGUUAAUGCUCAUACAUGUGUUGUUAAGUAAACUAAGUAAGCUAUUCCUUUAACAUCCAUAUUUAUCAUGAUUGUAUGUUUAAUUCACUCUGAUUUAUAAACUUUAUCUAAAACUU